UUUUUUGACAAGUGAAAAGUGACAUUUCAUCUUUUCAUUAAUUCCAAUCUAAUUUGGUUAUUCCCAAGUUUGUUUGAUUGUGUGUAAUCUAUUAACUAAAAACGGAUCUUAGUUUUGGCUAAUAUGGCACCAGUAGAUCAAGACGUUGAAAUGAAAAGUGUUGAAAGUCCAGCUGCCGCCAGUGACAUGGAAACAGGCGAGGUGAAGAAGGACGCCGAUGUACUUAGUGUGCAGGAUUUGAGGGAGCAUGUUAGACAAAUUGACAAAGCAGUGUCUUCCAAAGAACCCCGAUUUGCAAUGAGAGUGUUAAGAUCUAUUCCCAGUACACGAAGGAAACUAAACGGUAACGUGUUGCGAGCCAUUAUAAAUCAAUUGUAUCCAUCAAACUCUGACAAAGAAGGUUUGCUCGCCUUUGUUGAAAGCCCCUUGCCUGGAGCUGUAGAGAUCGAACCUCCACGUUCUAGAAGUGCUCCUAAGACGCCUGCUCCUGAAGUUGAUGUUUAUAUUCAUCUAUUAGUGUUGCUACGUCUCCUAGACACUAACAAGCUAGAACAAGCAUCUGAAUGCUCCCAGCAAUUGAUGAACAAAGUCACCGCCCAAAACAGGAGGACAUUAGAUUUGAUAGCAGCCAAGUGUUACUUUUAUCACUCACGAGUAUUUGAACUCACCAACAAGUUAGAUCUUAUCAGGGGUUUGCUGCAUGCUCGUUUGCGUACUUCUACACUUCGGAAUGAUUAUGAAGGACAAGCAGUCCUAAUCAACUGUCUAUUACGUAACUAUUUACAUUACUCUCUCUAUGAUCAAGCAGAUAAAUUAGUAAGCAAGUCUGUUUUUCCUGAAAAUGCAAGUAACAAUGAGUGGGCAAGAUUUUUAUAUUACUUAGGCAGGAUAAAGGCAGCUCGUUUGGAAUACAGUGAUGCCCACAAGCAUUUAGUGCAGGCACUAAGGAAGGCACCUCAAACUGCUGCUGUUGGUUUCCGUCAGACUGUGCAAAAAUUGGCCAUUGUUGUGGAGUUACUGCUGGGAGAUAUUCCUGAGCGAGUUAUAUUCCGUCAAGCACCUUUAAGGAAAGCAUUGGCUCCAUAUUUCCAACUUACUCAAGCUGUGAGAUUGGGCAAUUUGCAAAGGUUUGGUGAAGUACUGGAGUAUUAUGGCCCUCAGUUUCGCAAUGAUCAUACUUUUACUCUGAUUCUUCGACUCAGACAAAAUGUCAUCAAAACAGCUAUUCGUUCUAUUGGCCUUUCUUACUCACGAAUUUCACCAAAGGAUAUUGCUAGAAAGCUUGGUUUAGAUUCUGCUGAAGAUGCAGAAUUCAUUGUGGCUAAAGCAAUUAGAGAUGGUGUUAUUGAAGCAACUCUUGACCCUGAAAAGGGUUACAUGAGUAACAAGGAGAGCUCUGACAUUUACUGCACUCGUGAACCUCAGCUGGCAUUCCAUCAGCGUAUAUCUUUCUGUUUGGACCUUCAUAAUCAGAGUGUGAAAGCCAUGAGAUAUCCACCUAAGUCAUAUGGCAAGGAACUGGAAAGUGCAGAAGAGCGCCGUGAGAGGGAACAGCAAGAUUUGGAACUGGCGAAGGAAAUGGCUGAAGAAGAUGAUGAUGGGUUCCCAUAAACAUUUAAAUGCUUGUUUUAACUAGAUUUUCGUGUAUUACUAUUUGAAAAUACAUUAUAAUACUAAAAUAAAUGUACUAAUUGCAAUA